AUAUAUAAAGAUAAGAUAAAAAAGAUAAUGGGAGUAUAACCCCAAACAUAACGUUGUUGGUGCGAAACUUGCAAAUUGGAAUCCCAUAUUUCUUCAAGCCUAAAAUUAAAAAUCUCUUUUUUCUUUUUUCAUCUUAUUUUUAUAAAAUAAACCAAAUACUUUGAUAUCUCAUUUAUUUUUAAAUAUACUUUUAAUUCUCUAAAUAUAAGGGAAAUACAAAGUUAUACAGAAGGAAAGCGAAAGGAAUUUCUUUUUUUUUUUUUUCGUAUUUAUCCAAAUUUCUAGGGUUGUCGAUCUGAGAAAGGGAGGCUAUGGGUGGGGAAGGCGAUUCGAGUGAGUCACGACUCGGUACCAGUGGAGAAGAUGAGGGAGUGCUGGUUAACAUCCGCUGCUCAAACGGUACAAAAUUUACGGUGAGGACCAGCCUCGAAUCAACCGUUGGAGUUUUCAAAUCUCUUUUGGCUCAGAAUUGCGAUGUCCCAGCUGAUCAGCAACGUUUGAUUUAUAAAGGCCGAGUCUUGAAGGACGACCAAACCCUUCAAAGUUAUGGUUUGCAAGCUGAUCAUACCGUCCACAUGGUUCGUAGUUUUGCCCCAUCUUCAUCUAUACCUCCUCCUGCAGCUACCACAAAUACUGCAACUCCUAAUUCUACUCCAGGGGUCACACGGGGUGUUGGUUCUAAUGAGGGUGCUGGUCUGGGAGCAUCAUCUUUCCCUGGACUUAAUGCACUUGGUGGCAAUGGAGGUUUGGGUUUGUUUGGGUCUGGACUUCCUGAAUUUGAGCAAGUACAGCAGCAACUAACUCAAAAUCCAAACAUGAUGAGCGAACUAAUGAAUACACCUGCUAUUCAAAGUUUGAUGAAUAACCCAGAGUUAAUGCGUAGUUUGAUUGCGAGCAAUCCCCAAAUGCGUGAGAUUAUUGAUCAAAACCCGGAGCUUGGGCAUAUACUUAAUGAUCCUAGUAUUCUUCGGCAGACGUUAGAAGCUGCAAGGAACCCUGAGCUCAUGCGUGAAAUGAUGCGGAACACUGACAGGGCUAUGAGUAAUAUUGAAUCCUCUCCCGAGGGUUUUAACAUGCUUAGGCGUAUGUAUGAAAAUGUUCAGGAACCAUUUAUGAAUGCUACAACUAUGGCUGGAAAUAAUGGAAAUAGUCCGAGCUCAAACCCAUUUGCUGCUCUAUUGGGCAAUCUAGGUGAUUCUCAAGCUAGGGGUUCACCUAACAACACUUCUACAAAUGGUUCUGAAACCACUCAUGGACAAACUUCCCCAAACACAAAUCCUCUUCCUAAUCCUUGGGGAAACACUGUUGGUGGUGGGGGCACCCAGACCAAUGCUACUGCAAGGUCAAAUCCUGCUGGAGAUGCUAGGGCACCAGGUCUUGGUGGUCUGGGAGGCCUUGGACUUCCGGAUGUACCACCCAUGAUGAAUGGAAUGCCAGAUGCUUCUCAGUUGACUCAAUUGUUGCAAAAUCCAGCUCUAUCACAGAUGAUGCAGAGCAUAGUGUCUAAUCCCCAAUAUAUGAAUCAGAUUAUGAAUCUCAACCCGCAACUACGCGGAAUGUUUGAUUUGAAUCCUCAAUUGAGAGAAAUGAUGCAAAACCCAGAAGUACUUCAUCAGAUGUUUUCACCCGAGACAAUGCAGCAAAUGCUAGGUUUACAGCAAUCACUUCUAUCCCAGCUCAAUCAACAACAAACUACCCGGGAUUCAUCAGAGACUGGUGGUACUACAGGAGCUCCAGGUACUGCUGGUCUGGAGUCGUUAAUGAAUAUGUUUGGUGGUCUAGGUGCUGGUAGCCUGAGUGUUCCCAACCAACCUGAUGUUCCCCCAGAAGAACUCUACGCUACACAAUUAUCACAAUUACAAGAAAUGGGGUUUUACGAUACGGUAGAGAAUAUCAGAGCACUACGUGCUACUGCUGGAAAUGUCCAUGCGGCGGUUGAGAGACUUCUAGGUAACCCGGGGCAGUAAUUCCUCAAGAUAAUGCUUUUAAAUUUGAACAAGAACUGUGAUGUAAGAUUAGUUGAUUCGGCCUGCUGACUUAGCAAAACCACAGAUUAUGCUGAUUCCUUUUUUGGGCACACGUUUACUGUUUAAUGACGUGGUAAACAGGAUGAUGUACCCAGAGAACUUGAUAUAUAGGCUUAUGCGUAUUCUUGGAUCAUUCCAUCUUUUGCCCACGCACUUGGCUGUGUACAUACACACAUUGGAUUAAUUUUGAGAACUUUAAAA